AUGGAGGCCCUGAUGCUCGCCACCCUCGUCCUCGCUCACGCCAUGGCUGCCCUGCAGUCACACGACGUGGAGGAGAAUAUUGCCACGCUGGAAGCCUUGCUGCGGGCAAACUGCAGCAACGCCAACGAGAACAUGGCAAGGUUGAACUGGCUGCAGCGAGAGCUGCCCAAAGUCAUCUUCAGCCAGACGCAACUCAGUGUGAGCUCCACCGCUGUGCACAUCCACAUGUUCAAGCUCCGCGCCCGGGACUUCCACGGGAUCAAUGUCACCAGUGUCACCAAUGAGAUGGAGCAGAGCAGUCGGCAGAGAAGGCGCCCGAGGCACGCCAUGCACUUCCCGGCAGAGCUGAUGAAGGGUGUCCAGGACAAAGAGAGGGAGCAGAAACUCAUCUGCAUUUACAUCCACAGCCCUUGCAUCUUCCAGGAUGAGCGCAACAGCUCUGUGCUCAAUGACAAUGUCUUGGGAGCCUUCCUCCCAAACAUCAGCGUCACCAACCUCAGACAGCCUGUGGAGAUCCAGUUCUGGCACAACAAAGUGCUGGACACCUCCAAUGCAACCUGCGUCUUCUGGCGGGACGGAGCUGGCAGCGGGAUCUUGGGAAGCUGGAGCUCAGAGGGCUGCGAGACCAGGCACAGCCAGGACACCGUCCUGUGCCGGUGCAACCACCUCACCUACUUUGCCGUACUGCUGGUUGAACCGAGCAACAUCAGCCAGGCUGAGCUGGUGUCUCUCACCUACAUCAGCAUCGUGGGCUGCUCCAUCUCGGCCGCUGCCUCACUUUUCGCCAUCCUCCUCUACUGCAUCUUUAGGAGAAAGAAGAGCGAUGACACAACCAAAAUCCACAUGAACCUCCUGGGCGCGCUCUUCUUCCUGAACAGCGGGUUCCUGCUCAGCGAGCCGCUGGCCUUGGCCACCGCGGGGCUGUGCCGGGCCGCGGCCGCCUUCCUGCAUGGGUGCCUUCUCUGCACCUUGGCCUGGAUGGCUGCUGAGGCCUUCCACCUCUAUCUCCUCCUCAUCAAGGUCUACAACACCUAUAUCCGACGCUACCUCCUCAAGCUGUGCCUCUUUGCCUGGGGUGAGUGUGGUCUCUGUGGUCACUGCCGCUGCCACACAUAUUUUGUCUCCUGCCCCACAGGUCUGCCAGCUCUGGCAGUUACUAGCAUUUUGCUCUUCAAGAAAGACACCUAUGGAUACCUGGACAUCAAAACUGCUGACGGCUACAAGAAUGCUACAAUGUGCUGGCUCACCAGCCGGGCAGCUCACUACAGCACCCUGUGCUUCGCUGGCCUCAUCCUGCUCUUCAACACUGCGGUGCUGCUUGCCGUCGUGAGGAUGCUGAGGAGCAGCCGGCGCCAGAAGGGGAUGGCGACGAAGGACUGGGCCACGGUCCUGGGGCUCACCUGCCUGCUGGGCACUACCUGGCUCCUGGCUUUCUUCAGCUUCGGCGUCUUCUUCGUGGCCCAGCUCUACCUCUUCACCAUCCUCAACUCCUUGCAGGGUCUCUUCAUCUGCCUGUGGUACCACAUCGUGCUCCGGCGGACAGAUCGCGGCCCUGCCAGCACCUCCUCCAACACCUCCAAGUGA